CAGUCAUUCUCGUUAGUCUGAGAGAAAACGUGGUGGACGACCAACAUGGCCAAGUCUAUAACCUCCGUGUGCGCCGUAGUUUGCUCUAGUCAACGGUCCCUUUUUUCAAAAGGGGUCUCAGUGAGGAAAGCGUCGAGUUUCGUUUCCCUCCGGCAAAUUUUGAACCGUUCCCGCGUAACCGGACAAAGUGUUAGAAAUAACAGCUCGCUAGGAACCUGCACUUCCAGUUUCAUCUUGGAAUCUCCUCUAGGGCCGACACAGGUUCCUGAAGUAACGUUGUACAACUACAUCUGGAAAGACUUCGAGGAGUGGGCUGACAAGCCGGCUAUCACAUGUGGCAGCAGUGGGCGCAGCUACACGUUUGGCGAGGCAAGGUUUAUCUCUCACGCCUUUGCAACUGCUUUAAUUCAGCGUCUGCAGCUGAAGAAAGGCGAUGUGGUCGGACUUCUCAUGCCUAACGUGCCCGAAUAUGUGUUUGCUAUCCACGGAGCAUUGGAGGCCGGACUUACAGUCACUUUCGUUAACCCUCUUUACACAUCCGGGGAGAUCCUUCGUCAGUUUGAGAAUGCCAACGUCAAAUGUUGCGUCACAAUUCCGCAGCUGUUCCCAGUCAUGGAAGGCAUCGGACCCAAGCUGAAGGGCUACAAAGGCACCAUCAUUGUUGGGGGAGAGACGGAUCAGACUAACCGAAUCUUCGGCUUCAAGGACAUCGUCACAUCGGCUAAGCCUAACGUUAUCCUGCCUGAGAUUGACCCCAAUCAUGUUGCUCUGCUACCCUACUCCAGUGGGACUACAGGGAUGCCCAAGGGUGUUAUGUUGACUCACAAGAACUGUAUUGCCAGUCUAGAAGCCUGCAACCACCCAGAAAUCGUCAACCACACCCCUACCUCAGGUGAUUACCAGGAGCGUGUUUUGAGUGUUCUGCCCUUCUUCCACAUUUACGGGUUCAACGCAAUUCUCAAUACAUCCCUCCUCUAUGGACUUCAUAUGAUCUCUAUUCCUAAAUUCACUCCAGAGUCAUACAUCGAAUGUGUGCUCAAAUAUAAGCCCACUUUCCUGUUCGUUGUGCCAUCCCUGCUUCUGUUCCUAGCAUCACAUCCUGCAGUCAAGCCUGAACACUUGGCUUCCAUCAAGGAGAUAACUUGUGGAGCUGCCCCAGCAACCAAGAGUCUCAUCGAGAAGUUCUACGAGAAAGUCGGCAGAAGAGACAUUGCCAUCAGACAGGGAUACGGAAUGACGGAAACAGCACCAGUUACACUAUUUACACCCAAAGACAUGCCAGAUUCCAAGGCUGGGUCCGCGGGGCGUCUGGUGAGAGGGACGAGGGCGAAGGUGGUUAGCCUCAAGACUGGAGAAACCCUCGGACCUCACAAUGCGGGAGAACUCUACGUCCAUGGCCCUCAGAUUAUGGCAGGAUACUUAAACAAUGAUGCGGCAACAAAAGAGACAGUCGUUGAGGAAGGCUGGUUGAGAACAGGAGACGUUGCCUACUACGAUGAGGAUGGAUACUUCUUCAUUGUCGAUAGAACCAAGGAACUUAUUAAAGUCAAAGGAAAUCAGGUUUCACCUACAGAGCUGGAAGGCAUCAUCAUGCAGAUGCCCGGGGUGGCUGACUGUGCAGUCGUAGGCAUUCCAGAUAUCCUCUCUGGAGAGAUCCCUCGGGCCUUCGUUGUGCGGCGGCCAGGCUACCACCUCACCGAAUCUGAGAUCACUACAUUCCUUGAACCCAAGGUGGCGGCCUACAAGAAGCUCGCUGGAGGAGUGAGAUUCCUAGAUGUGAUUCCCCGCAACCCUGCAGGCAAGGUACUCAGAGAGGAACUGAAAGUGUUUGGCACAAAAGUUGACGAAAAAGCUGCUGCUUAAACCUUAUUUCUUGGUAACCUAUGGAAAGUCAUGAAAGGAAGGUUCUUAAAGUGUUUGAAUUGGGAUAAAAAUGAGUGAAGCCAAAAUGUUGACAAUUUUAUCAGAUCAGUCUAUACCUACUGUUUUAAAUUUAUGCUACUAUUUGUUAUUUAUUAUUAUCCAUUUGUGACAUAGUUAUGUGUGGUACUGUUUUGCUCAUAGAACUCCCUCGAAGUGCACAGGUAGGAAUGUUAAACAUGAGUUUAUCACUCAUCAGUUAAAAUGCAUCCGAAUGAAUACGAUUCAAGUGUAAAGUUGUAUUAGAACAAUUAUUAUUUCUAUCAAACUUCUAAUAUAUUGCCAUCAGCAGGUUAAAUUAUUAACGGCAAACUUUUUUUAAUUACUAUAACCAUUUACAAAAAGAAUUAAAUAUAGACUGUCAGCCGUGCUGCGGUUACCAUGGGUACCAUAGGUUCUGGCGCACACUGCUGGGAGCGCCUGGUAAUUACGCAGCAAAAAUGCCGUAACUACUUGGCGCCCCAGCGGUUUGCGCCAGAACCUGUGGAAACCGUAACACGGCUGAAGGUCUAUGUUUAAAUCUUUUUGUCUAUGCUAUAACUUAAACAUUCCCUUUUUCAUUUAAUUGGUUGAAAUGUUACCAUAUGUUUACCGGCACUAUUGGUUGUUCCUUACCAGUGAACUUGACUGUUUGUAGCUAGUCUUUUUAUAAAAGAUGCCUUAGCUUACAAAUAUUAAGAUCUGCUUUAGUGUGUAAAAUAUUUUGGAAGGAUAUAUUAUCUUGGUGAAAUGUUAAGGAAAUAAUUAGGCCUACAUAUUUUAUGUGUAUUGAUUCACUAAAUGUGCCAUAGCCUCUAUGAAAGUGUGAGUCAAUUGUGAAGUUUAUAUGAAUAUUUAGAUAAACAAAUUUGUGAUAAUGUAUUUUACAAAGUAUAAAAUAGAGUAGUUGAUGUUUUCUUUUUAAACUCAUCACAAAUGAAGACUGUAUGGUUAUUUUUUUUUUAAUUUUGGUAAUUGGAAAAAAGUGUUUGAAAAAGAGCAUAAAUAAUGUAAACCCUUACUUCUGGGUUAGAGUUGAAAACAUAUAUGAAUUAAAAAACAAUAUAAUUAUGAAGUAACUUAUAUAGUUGUUAAGUGAUGAUUGUAGGAGUGGAAGAUGAACUACUGUAGCAUAGGAGCAAGUGUAUGUGUAUGUUAUUAUUUAAACCCAAAUAUUUCACUUUGCUCAAACAAGAAAUGUAAUGCAAACUUCAAUGUGCUAAUGUUAAAGUGUAAUAAAUUUGUCUACUUUUAA